AUGCGGACUGAAGUCGGUGGCUGGGACACCCAGCUAAUAAUAACGACAAAAGCUACCAUGUCGGUGCUGUCCCUCGCCAUUCUGCUGUUUUUCAGAGGGUUUACUUUCUCUGUGGCAGACGACUGUGAAGUGUGUGUGGGCUUUCUCCACAGACUGUAUGGCAGUCUGACCUCAGCCCACAGAGAACUCACUCCUGCCCUGGUGGAAGAAGAGCUGAUCCAGGCCUGCACUGUCGCCCAAGGGAAGGAGGCAAGGCUGUGUUACUACCUAGGAGCCAGCAGUGAUGCAGCCACCCGUGUCACAGCAUCAGUGUCUCGACCUCUGGCCUUCCAUGUCCCUGUUGAGAAGAUCUGCCAACGCCUCAGUAGCAGCGACACACAGAUCUGUCAGCUCAGAUAUGAGCCUCAGCUGAAGGAUCUGAGCAGUGAUGGGCUCAAAAAGCUGAGGGUCGUGGAGCUGAGGAACAUUUUAGCCUCAUGGGGAGAAGAGUGUCGGGGCUGCCUGGAGAAACACGAGUUUGUCAGCCUCAUCCAGGAGAAAGCUCCGCUGCAUGCUCACAGUAUGGAACUAUGAAUAGUAAUUAAUAUCUCAGAAAAAAGGCUGCAAUCACUUGUGAUUUUUGAGGGUGUCACUGACAGACUGUAAUGCACAACAUGAAGGAGCUGAUACUGUUUUCCAAGCUCUAGAUUGUUGUUACAUCCUGAGAAUUGUUUUUCCCAUCCUGUGUGAAGAUUUUGAAAUUGGGGGUGGAGUUCAAAGUUGUAGUUUGAUUCACAUCCAGCUGGUACCAGUUCCUGUGGCCAAACAUAUUAAUUUCUUGAUACUAAUUGUCCAAGUUUGUACAUAACAUGUACUUGACAGUAUUACUACACUGAACAAAAUUAUACACUUUUUUUUUUUGUCCCCAUUCAUCAUGAGCUGAACUCAAAGAUCUAAG